UUUGAAUUUCUUUCUCUCUAUAUUUUAACCUCCCUGGAAAUCUCCGCUGGAAGGUGCUAAUCUUAUAACGCGACUCUGGAAAACUGUAAAUUGGUUCAAUUAAAUGGCAAAUCGGGAUUGACACCUGGAGAUGUUGCAUCGAUUUGGCACAAAUCUGCACGAGUCCGAUCCAAGUAGAAUCAUAUUCAAAUUUUGUCAUUUCAUGUGCUGGUGGGUAAAUAAGUUGAAAUUUAUUUGCAUGCAGAAAUUUCCAAAAUUUGCAUGGAGCGAAAGCCCAACACAGAAGAAACAAAUUGCGAGUAUCCGACUACCAAAAAUAGAGGGUCGAUGGGUUCGGCAGAGGAGGCAAGACAAGAUUAUGAAGCAGCUCUUUCGUUAAUGGACGAGCUGCAGGAGGAACAGUCAGUACCUCAGCUCUUUAAGGCAGUUCGACAUGUAUUCUCUUUAAAUGCUUUCGUUAAUCUCAUCGAUCACAAGGAUAGUCAUUCCCUCUCCAUCUGGAAGAAGCGUGUUGAUGAUCUACAUGGUCAACUUGUUUCUUCUGUUGUAAAGUUUCUUCAACAAUUCAAUCAGCCGAAGGAGCAGUAUGGGAAUGCAUGCCUAAGCUUAUUGUACGUGGGAGCUGAAGCUUGUGAAAGAUUUGAAAAGGAAAACAAAACAUUGUUUUCCCAACUCUCACUAGAAAGAGAAAAGUGUGCAAAACUGAAUAAAAUAUUUCAGAGUCAGCUUAAAGACUCAGCCUUAAAGGAAAAUUUGGAGUUACGAACAUGUUUGGUUGUGCAGCAGCAAAAGAUGAUACAGAAUGAAGCGGAAACAAGGAAACUUGAGCAACGGCUUCAAACUGCAUUGGCAGAAAACAACGGUUUACAUAGGGAGAAGCAAAGGCUAGCAGAGGAGCGAAAAAGGAAUUUACAGAUUCUUGAACGCCAGGCUGCAGCAAUUUCACAGUUGAUGGAUGAGUGUGAGAAUAAUGCAAAGGAGAAAGAUCAGGCACUGAAAUCACUAAAGAUGAUAAAUGAAGAUAAUAAAAUUCUUACAAUGAAUUUGGAACGUCAUAGCAAGGUUAUAGAGGAUCUUAUGAAUGUGAAUGCUGAGAUGAUUAAGGCAGCUAAUUGUUAUGCACAAAUGCAUGAUUUAGAUGAAAAUCAUCCUAAAGUAGACUGUCAUUCAUUGAUUGAUAGUACUAAUAACAGUCAUAAUAGUGAAAUGACCUUUUGUAGAAGCAAAUCAGACACUAUUGAUGGUAUAUACAAAAGGUCAUCUUCGGCUGUGGAAAGAUCACAAAAUAGCUCAGAUAGUCCAGGAGAUAAAGUGGGUCAUACUCCUGAUCGGAAAAAAAAGGUAAAGCCAAAAAUGCAUCCGAGAAUCGAUAUUACCCAGAAUUUUGUUAGUUGCUAUUCGAUGCCAUGAAAUUUCCAAGUUGCCUAUAAUUGUUUUCUUCUUACUUUGCAUUUUGUUAGUUCUCGCUACACAAUGCUAUUAAAUUUUCAAUUAUAAGUUACGUUGGAAAUUUCAUUAUGAAGAUGGAGUAUUAUCUUUAUGCUUGCUUCAUUGUACUCCUCACUUUGAAAAUUGUAAUUUAAAUUGUUGUUCCUUAAAAGAUGGAUUUCAUAGUGUCUCACUUCA